UGAGCAGUUCCCUGCACAGGGCCAUCUUGGGUCGUUCUCGCCGGACUCGUCUCUGGCAUCAGUGUCUUUAUAACCUGAAACCGUUUAUUUGAACAUUUACCUCCGGUUCCCUUUUUUCUCGUAUUUGCUAAAUAAUAAUAAUAAAAAAAAACUACCAAAAACCAUGGAUGAAGAAUACGAUGUUAUUGUUUUGGGCACUGGUCUUACGGAAUGUAUUCUCUCUGGGAUCAUGUCUGUGAAUGGCAAGAAAGUUCUUCACAUGGAUCGGAAUCCUUACUAUGGAGGGGAGAGCUCUUCAAUAACGCCCCUUGAAGACCUGUACAAGCGAUUUGGAAUUCCUGACGGCCCUCCGGAAUCCAUGGGCAGAGGGCGGGACUGGAAUGUUGACCUCAUCCCCAAAUUCCUCAUGGCAAACGGCCAGCUGGUGAAGAUGCUGCUGUACACGGAGGUGACCCGGUACCUCGACUUCAAGGUGGUGGAAGGAAGCUUCGUCUACAAGGGGGGGAAGAUCUACAAAGUGCCGUCCACAGAGACAGAGGCGCUGGCCUCCAAUUUGAUGGGAAUGUUUGAGAAACGCCGGUUCAGGAAGUUCCUGGUGUUUGUGGCCAAUUUUGACGAGAAUGACCCCAAGACUUAUGAGGGAGUGGACCCCAAGUUGACCACCAUGAGGGAUGUUUACAAGAAGUUUGACCUGGGUCAGGAUGUGAUUGAUUUCACUGGUCAUGCACUGGCGCUUUACAGGACAGAUGACUACCUGGACCAGUCUUGCUUGGAGACUAUUAACCGCAUCAAGCUGUAUAGCGAGUCCCUGGCACGCUAUGGCAAAAGCCCGUACCUGUACCCUCUCUAUGGGCUGGGGGAGCUGCCUCAGGGAUUUGCCAGAUUAAGUGCAAUUUAUGGAGGGACGUACAUGCUGAACAAGCCUGUGGAGGAGAUUGUUAUGGAGAAUGGUCAUGUCAUCGGAGUCAAGUCAGAGGGAGAGGUGGCGCGCUGUAAACAGCUUAUCUGUGACCCCAGCUACUUACAGGAGCGCGUGCAGAAGGUAGGUCAGGUGAUCCGGGUGAUCUGUGUGCUGAGUCACCCCAUCAAGAACACCAACGAGGCCAACUCCUGCCAGAUCAUCAUCCCGCAGAACCAGGUCAACCGCAAGUCAGAUAUCUAUGUAUGUAUGAUCUCGUAUGCUCACAACGUGGCGGCCCAGGGGAAGUACAUUGCCAUUGUCAGCACCACAGUGGAGACCAGCGAGCCGGAGAAAGAGAUUGACCCAGCCCUGGAGCUACUGGACCCCAUCGACCACAAGUUUGUGGCCAUCAGUGACCUGUACGAAUCCACAGACGAUGGCAGUGAGAGUCAGAUCUUCUCGUCUCGCUCCUACGAUGCCACCACUCAUUUCGAGACCACCUGCAACGACAUCAAAGACAUCUACAAGAGGAUGACAGGAAGCGACUUCGACUUCGAGAACAUGAAGCGCAAACAGAACGACGUCUUCGGGGAGGAUGAGCAAUAGAGAGGGGGCUACCCCCCCCCCACGGUGAUGUCAUCUCAAACACACCAGUAGAGAGGGGGGCUGCCCCCCAACGGUGAUGUCAUCUCAAACACACCAAUAGAGAGGGGGCUGCCCCCCCCCCCCCCCCCCACCCGCAGUUAUGUCAUCUUAAAUGUCACUAUCUACUGCAUUGUUUGCUCUUAGCAUGAGCCCUCCCAUAGAAACCGGACACCAACCACCCACCCCUACACACAUUCAGUCGUGCUCAAUAGAGAAACACUAAAAGAAAAGUGAUACAGUCAGUGACAAACAUUUCAACAUGGAAAAAGACUUCUAGGAGAAACGUUUGUCAUUGAAUUUAUUGUCAUUUCUUAUUUCUAGUCAAACAGUUAAACAAUUGAAGUGCCCUAUACUGAUUGUUUUUAUAGACACCUAAGACCACAAAUCUGGGUGCAAGUCAAGUUUCAGCAUACGGCUGCAAUGGCAAAGCAUUGUUAACGUUUAAACCACACCACAGUAUAUAUAAACAGAUUAAACACAUUAAUAUGGGUCUGUUUUAUGUCUUUUAAAAGGGUUUGGUUGCUACCUCUAAUCAAGUUGCAUUUUCUCAUAAGCUCUUUAUGUACUCUCAACUUGAUUGGAGGCACCAUGUAUUAUUAAAACUUGUACAAUUUUCAGUACUGACCCACAGCAGUCAUUGAAAAGCAGGACCUCCAAAUAGCCUUAAAUAAAUAAAUACCAGGAAAAAGCAAGAAGGGUAUCUUACGUCUCUCUCUCCCGAAUCGCCGUCUCUCUCCGAACUCUGUGUCUCUCUCCCAACUCUCUGUGUCUCUCUCCCAACUCUACGUCUCUUUCCCAACUCUACGUCUCCCAACUCUCCGUCUCUCCCAACUCUCCGUCUCUCCCAACUCUACGUCUCUCCCAACUCUACGUCUCUCUCCCAACUCUGCGUGUUUCAAUCUAUUGACUCCCAUUUGUAGAGAACUGGGCUGGAGGUACACUAAAAACAGAGAGCGCACAUAACACGUAACUGCUUCAAAAUUCCACUGUAAUAGAGAGCUAACCAGCUCUGCACAUUGUUAUUAUUGUCAUUGUUAAGAACAUUAUUAUAAUUGUUAUUAUUUCUGUUAUUUUUGUAAGUGUUUACAUUGUAGCGUGAAAUAGGGGUGUUAUUUCACAACAAUAAGACUUUAUUUAUUUAAUAUAAAUAUUUUUUAAGUGUAAAAAGCUGUAGAAGGAAGGACGAGGGGGGAGGAGUGUAGCUGUUAGAGCUGACAACACAAAGUAGUAUGGGCUUGUCAUGAGAGCUGGUGGACAGGUGCAGCCUAGGGAUUAGAAUGAGGCACUGAGGGAGAGAAUCAGCCUCAUUGGUAUAGAUGGAUUGGGAGAGAGCAAGAUAUGUGGCUCUAGUGGUUAGAGUUGAGGAACUGGGAGGGAGGGACACAGUGUGGUCUAGUGGACACAGUUCAGAAAUUGGGAGGGAGACAGUAUGGCCUAGUGGUUAGAGCUGAUUGACUUGGAAAAGCCUUCAUAGUUGACCCAGGUAACAAUAAGACAGAUUAAUUUACAUAUCAUAGUGAGUCAUGAUAAAACCUUACAAGAAUGCAGUAUACGGAAGUAAAAUUACAAUAAAAAUAUCCUGAUUUCAUGACAGUGCCACAGUCCUAAAAAACAAAUACCAAUUAUGUCUACUACAAUAGCUUCAGCUCUGAGAUGAAAAGGAGUGUCCACUCUAAUUAAGACCGAUCCCUAACCCCUUGAGAUUAAAGACAUUAUAAUAUGAUUUAUUUUCUUAACCACUUUUUGUUGUGAAAUUCCAAAACACAGAGGAUUGGAAGUUAAAAACGGGUUCUGUAGCAACAACUUAACUACAGAUGGUACCAGUGCAAUAUUUUAGAAAAGAACUGUGCUGAUAAGAUUUUUACCAUUGGUGAAAUCACAAAUCAGCUCAUUCUGAAUGCAUGCUCUAGCUGUAAGCCAGUAUUAAGCCGACAUCCGCUCUGAAGUAAGAGUAUCGUAUACCCACACGAAGAGGCAUGUACGCUUAUCUUAUUGGGUGGAGCUGUUUUCUGUGAAAAUGCAGUUUCAUAUAUUGGCCCAAGACUAAGAUGACCAAGACAUCCUAGUAAAGGCCUAAACCAGGGAUAGAAGCCAAUAUCAAAGCCUUGAGUGAUGGAUCUUGUGACUCUUUCUUCAUGCCAAUUCAAUUUAUAGCUCACAAAUGUGCAAACAUGCAUGUCCUUGGUCAUCUGGUCAUCCCCACACCUUUCCUGUCAGCAACCAAACAGCUGCUCCCCCUAAUGACUGACAGGCUUGGCAGCCAGUAAGAGGCUUUGACCCUGAAGACCGAGAACUUUCUUUAACCUAGUCUAGGACCAGACGAUUUGAAAUGAAAAAUGAAAAUGUGUUUCUUUCAAGCUUAGAAACCUAUAAAAUUUAGGAAAAAUGUUGUUUGCUACAACUACUAAGCACAUAUGUCUCUUUGCACAAUUAUACGCUACAACACAGUUAGAAAAGAAGCCUCUCUGCUCUGUUUUGGAAGAAUAUGGUUUCUUAAAAAAUCUAACUCUGACUGCUCAGCACAGACCAUGCAUUCCUGUAGAGCCCUCCUUUUAACUUCCCUCCCUCUUCCAAAGCCUUCCUGUGUACCACUGAGAUUGUGUUGAGAUUUCCAAGUCAUUCCUCAAACACUUUUGUGUAUGUUGUGUCAGCAGAAGCAGCCCUGAACAUUGUUUCAUCACACCUUGGCGUUGUCAUCUUUAUUUGUGUGUGUCUUACAAUUUCAUUGUCAGUUUUGUUUUGUAAAGAAAAACAUAAAAAGCUGCUCUUUAAUGAAAACAAUAUUUAACUGUACCGAGAACCUAAGCUAAGACAGCUCUUGUUUUUUUUUAGUAACAGACUAAAUCAUUUUCAGCCCAUAUUUGCCUUCUAUUUCCUGGUUCCCAGGAAACAUGGAACUCCCAACAACCAUAGGGAUUCCUAUUACUGUACCUCCUAUGAUUCUUAGGACGUCACAGAAGAACUAAAAAGGAACACGUUUUGAAGCAGUGUCAGAUUUCUUGACUAGUUAUUUUACGGUAUAAGCAUCCAUUUAUAAAAUGACAACAGGUCUUGAAUUUAAAGGGCAGCUUUGAUUUGUUCUUAUUUUUUUGUUUUGUUUUCUGCAGCCUCUUACAAUUGUCUUAACUUAUUAGGACUUACAAGUAGCUUGCUUGUGGCAUCAUUUGAACACUAAUAUGUGAACAGUACCUAAUGUCUUGUGGAAUAUAAUAAAAACAGACACAAUUGUGAAAAUGGCAGUGACAAAAUGGUGCUAUUUGGAAACUGGAAACACAACUGGAUAAUAACCUUUUUUUGUGAAGUCAUCUUCACAAACAAAAUAAGAGAUUGUGCGAUUGCUCGGCAAUUGGUAGUAACUGGAAUGCUAUGUACCACAGUGAACACUGUGUCCCCUAAUUCCAGCCCCUGUCUGCUUAAUGACAUUAAAAGCCUUCUGUGAGGCGUUGCUUUAAUUGACGCUUUUCAAAUAUUCUUCCGUAUCGCUGAUCAAUAUUAUAUCUGCUAACUUUUGAAGCUGAUUAUCUUUCCAUAUAUUGAUUGAAAUCUUAACAACACCUAUAGUAGGAAAACCUGCAGAGUGUGCUUGGUUUGAGAUGGGUACAGUGAAGUAAAAAACGCAGGGUUUGUUUUGGUGCCUUUUAUUAAUUCAAAGUUUAGAUUUGAUUAUGAACCAUUAUUAAAAAAAAAAUGUGCACAAAUUAAAAAACAGCACAUACACACCUUUCCAGAAGAUUGAACAGAACUCAGCACAUACACACCAUUCCAGAAGACUGAACAGAACUCAGCACAUACACACCAUUCCAGAAGAUUGAACAGAACUCAGCACAUACACACCAUUCCAGAAGACUGAACAGAACUCAGCACAUACACACCAUUCCAGCAGAUUAAACAGAACUCAGCACAUACACACCUUUCCAGAAGACUGAACAGAACUCAGCACAUACACACCAUUCCAGAAGACUGAACAGAACUCAGCACAUACACACCAUUCCAGAAGACUGAACAGAACUCAGCACAUACACACCAUUCCAGAAGACUGAACAGAACUCAGCACAUACAUACCUUUCCAGAAGAUUGAACAGAACACAGAACUGACUGCCUGCAAAGUACAAAACGACCAUUUCACAUCACCAGGGAAAAGAAAUUCAGUGACAAAUGUUUCGACUAAAAAUCUGAACUAUCUCAAUGUUGAAAUUAGUUUUGGAACGCUGGAUAAACAAAAAUGUCAACCAAAACUAAAUUCAAAGCUGAAACAGUGAGAAAAACUUUCAGAUGAAAUGUUUUAUUUAUUAUUUCUAAAUGUACCACUAUCAAGCUUUUUAUUGUUAUGGAUUUAUUCUGAAUGUAUCCUGGAUCAGGACUUGUGGACACAAUAUCUAGUCCAACCAGAAUUUCUUGUUCAUAUGUAUUUUACCCAUACUGUUUUCAAUGGUUACAACUCCAUACCCAUAUAUACAUCACUGCCAUCUACAGGGCACUUGUUACAUAACAGAUAGUGGUAUCUGGUCCACAUUAACAGCAGAUAUUACAAAGCUGUUAACAAUAGUUUUCCUUGUGGUAUAUUUCCACAGAGUUCAGAGGUACAGUAUAGUGGUUCACGCUUUACUUCAAACGAUUCUGAUUGUUAUUCACAGAGUUCAGCUUUAAAAUCAUGAAUGCUUCUUCCUCGAGAUGGGCCUGUAUGUCUGUUUUGCGCACCCUCUCCAAUUUUGAAUUACAAGUGAAAUGAAAGGUUAUCUGUCAGUGUUGGGUGUUUUUCAUUUCAUGUCUUUGAAAACAAAAAAAUAAAGCAACAGAAUGUGUGAAAA